AGAAUUUACUCCUCCUGGAUCAACGUCCAUCUUUUUCCAGGGUGAAGAAACUGCUUUAGCUGAUCGAGAAACACUCUGGUAUCAACAAUGUUUUUCCUCCAAGUUUUCAAGACUUUGCUGCUGCUCUUCUCAGGAGCAUCGCUGGCUUUGGCUGCUUCUCCGGAGACAAGGAGUCAGGAUACAAAUUCCUGCACAGUGUUGGCUUGUGGUAACCCAGGACUUGCUGGUUUACCGGGAAGAGAUGGAAGGGAUGGGGCCAAAGGAGAGAAAGGAGACACGGGCCUCCAAAUGAAGGGUCAACAAGGAGUCCCCGGAAAGGCUGGUCCUUCAGGACCAAAGGGAAAUGCAGGAGCCCCAGGCCAGAAGGGACAAAAAGGAGAAAUGACAGCUGUGGAUACCGUUCAAAGGCAAGUUGCUGCUUUGGAAAAGACGGUCCAGACGUUACAAGCUCAACUCAGCAAAAGCCAAAAAAUCUUCGCCAUGCAGGGGGUGACCACCGUCGGAGGGAAGAGCUUCGUUUCCACCGGUCGGAGCGAAAACUUUGCAAACGGGAAAGCUCUCUGCAGCCAGGCCGGCGGUGCUCUGGCGGUCGCCACGAACGCGGCUGAGAACGCGGCCUUGACGGCAAUGACCAAGUGGCUUGGCAAGCACAUCUACCUGGGUAUUAGUGAUCUCCAGACGGAAGGCAAAUUCGUGUAUUUGAAUGGACAGCCGUUGAGGUACACCCACUGGAAGAGUUCAGAGCCCAACAACUUGAACGAGGAAGACUGUGCGGUCCUCCUUGAGACCUCCCAGUGGAAUGACAUCGGCUGUGAUCACCAAACACUCAUCAUUUGCGAACUCUGAGCUACACUAGUGGCCCAAAUUGUGGGAACUUUUUGGGGAAAGGGUAU